AUGCAGAGCAAGAAGGAAGACCCCAACCGUCCCAAGAACAUGACUGUCGGCAAGGCCUUCAAGUACAUCUACUCGCAGAACGGCAUGAAGGGUCUCUACCGUGGUGUCACUCCCCGUAUCGGUCUGGGUGUCUGGCAGACCGUCUGCAUGGUCGCCCUGGGAGACGUAGCCAAAGAGUACGUUGAGGCAUUAACUGGCGAAAAAGUCACAUCCAAACAUUAG